UUUGAUCUUGCAUUUGACACUCUUGCCCUUUCAACUUCCAUCCUAAGCAGACAAAAUAAUCUAGAGAGACUAAGCAAACCGGUCAUCAUCUCCGGUUUGCUUUACUUGUCUGGUCGUCACUUUAGGUCCUUCUGCAUCUCUCUCUUUCUCAGCUAAAUAUAAAAUGGCAGACGGUGAGGAUAUCCAACCACUUGUUUGUGACAAUGGAACUGGAAUGGUGAAGGCUGGAUUUGCUGGUGAUGAUGCUCCUAGAGCAGUUUUCCCCAGUAUUGUGGGUCGUCCCCGCCACACUGGCGUCAUGGUUGGGAUGGGACAGAAGGAUGCUUAUGUGGGUGAUGAAGCUCAGUCGAAGAGAGGUAUUCUGACCUUAAAAUACCCAAUUGAACAUGGUAUAGUCAGCAACUGGGAUGAUAUGGAGAAGAUAUGGCAUCAUACAUUCUAUAAUGAGCUUCGUGUUGCUUCUGAAGAGCAUCCUGUUCUUCUAACUGAGGCACCUCUCAACCCUAAGGCCAACAGGGAGAAGAUGACCCAGAUUAUGUUUGAAACAUUCAAUGUUCCUGCUAUGUAUGUUGCUAUUCAGGCCGUGCUUUCCUUGUAUGCCAGCGGUCGUACCACAGGUAUUGUGUUGGACUCUGGUGAUGGUGUGAGUCACACUGUGCCUAUCUAUGAAGGUUAUGCUUUGCCCCAUGCCAUUCUUCGUUUGGAUCUUGCUGGCCGUGAUCUAACCGAUAGCCUUAUGAAGAUCCUCACUGAGAGAGGUUACAUGUUCACCACCACGGCUGAACGGGAAAUUGUCCGUGACAUGAAGGAAAAGCUUGCUUAUGUCGCUCUUGACUAUGAGCAGGAGCUUGAAACUGCUAAGAGCAGCUCCUCCGUUGAAAAGAACUAUGAGUUGCCAGAUGGACAGGUUAUUACCAUUGGUGCUGAGAGGUUCCGCUGCCCAGAAGUCCUCUUCCAGCCAUCCAUGAUUGGGAUGGAAGCUGCGGGUAUCCACGAGACUACCUAUAAUUCCAUCAUGAAGUGUGAUGUCGAUAUUAGGAAGGAUCUGUAUGGAAAUAUUGUGCUUAGUGGUGGCUCCACCAUGUUCCCUGGCAUUGCUGAUCGAAUGAGCAGGGAAAUUACUGCUUUGGCUCCUAGUAGCAUGAAGAUUAAGGUUGUUGCUCCACCAGAGAGAAAAUACAGUGUCUGGAUUGGAGGAUCCAUCCUUGCAUCCCUCAGCACAUUCCAGCAGAUGUGGAUAUCGAAGGGUGAGUAUGAUGAGUCAGGUCCAUCCAUAGUUCACAGGAAGUGUUUUUAAGAUGCUACUGUGAUACUUCGGUGCAACUUUCCUCUUUUGCUUCGCUUUUGCUGUGCAUUCCCAGUGAAUUAAAAUUUAUUGGCAUGGAGAAUUUUGGAGGUGGGGCAGUAGUUAAAGGGAAAAUGUUAAACGCUAAUGCAUCUUAUAUUAGUGCAGUAUGGUUUAUUUUCUCAACGUAUUUGGAGGUGCUGAGUGGCCGCAUCCCUGCUUGAACAAUGUAUUUUUGGUUGUUUUUUGUUUGGUGAGUGAUUGUGGUUUUUAUUUUUUUAA